UCAGGAGCCGAGCUUGACGUGUUUGUCGCCAUAUUGGAUAUCAAAUAGGAAAUUCUGUGAGCUGACGACGUUUCAUCUCAGGGAAGAAUCCGUCUUCAUCCUGUUCGUAUGUAAUUUCGUGUGCCAAGAAAAAGGGAGUUAAUAUAAUAGAACAAUCGAGUAAUUACAAGAUUUAGAUAGUGAAAUAUAUGGAGGGACCUUGUUACUAGAAAAUACAAAACAAUCUACUCGGAAAUCGAUUCGUUCGUCAAGAAAAAGUGGAUCAAGAUACAUAACCGAAAAGAAAGCCGUCUGAGGGGCGCGUUUAGCUCGAUCGCGUCUUAUUGAUACUUUGACAUUUUCAGCUGCGGUGCGGAUUUUGAGUUACAUAUUGCUAGCAUUGUGUUUCCUCCGGGCUGAAGAAAUAUGGCGUGUGGAGCAACUUUAAAAAGGACUAUGGAUUUCGAUCCCUUGAGCCAGGCGUCUCCUAAGAGGAGGAGAUGCGCCCCCGUGUCUCCGUCGGCGUCCCCGCAGAAGUACUUGCGUAUGGAGCCGUCGCCUUUCGGACAGGUGUCAUCCCGGCUCACGACAGAGCAAAUUCUGCUGAACAUCAAGCAGGAGUACAAGCGCAUGCAGAAGAGGCGACACCUGGAUAGCAGCUUCUCGCAGGCAGAUGGCUGCUUUGUGUUGGACUCCCACCCUCACGCCUCCAUACUGAGCGGCUCCUCCUUGCCAGGUACGUCCUCCGGAGCCUCAUCCCCAUCUAGAAAAGAACAGCCUUUAUUUACCUUGAGACAAGUCGGCAUGAUCUGCGAGCGUCUCUUAAAAGAGCGGGAAGACAAAGUUCGGGAGGAGUACGACGAGAUCCUGACCUCGAAGCUGGCAGAACAAUACGACGCCUUCGUCAAGUUCACGCACGACCAGCUGAUGCGGCGGUUUGGCGAGCAGCCAGCCAGCUAUGUUUCCUGAGUGAGACGCUGCCUUUGGCGGGGGUGCCAGCCUCCCCCUCCGGUCACCGCGAGCCGUCAAAUCGACUCUGCUGGUGGCAUCUGCAGGGACUCGGCUGAUUUGAGUCAGACUUGUAGCCUUGGCAUAUCUCCUGUGGGCACGAGCCGUUUCGAGGCUUUGCCAGUAGCAACCACUCUGUCUCCAGCAGCCGGCUUGGAGCGCGUCCCUGCUGUGAACCAGGACCUCUGCUGCCUUCACCCGACCAGCAGCAUCACGUUUCUCUCCCUGUAUUCAUCUUAGUGGCUUCUUUCUCUUUAUCUCAGUAGUUUUUAUAAAAAACGUCUGGCGCUCCCGAAUUCACCAGUUUAUAAAUUUUAGGGUUUCUUUGUGUAUCGUGUGACAAACGUAAAUCAGCUCUUUUUCCAGAUCAGUGCAUCUACUUUGGGAAACUGGUGGCUUGGUCACAUGAUCAGGGCUUAAAGCAGCCCGCUCUGGUCCGUUGUACUGGAUUCCAGGGAUUUGUGCAUAUAGGCAUGUCAUGCUCAGAUUACUUAAGUUGAUACAUGCAUAUGUUUUUAAGUAUUUUUCAAGAUUUUGUUUUUAUUUAUUUUCAGUAUUUUUUAGUUUUUAUUCACAGUAUACCGUCACUGCCCGUGUAGCGUAAAAUGAGGGAAAAACCAAAUAAAAUGUUUACAUUAA